UUGUAGCAUUCGAAUUUAUAAAAAUGAAUAACAUAUUAAAAUUUAUUAGUUAGAAAGAUUUAAUAUUUAUCUUUUAAAGAGUAAUGACCAUUGGUUAUUGACCUUUAAAAUAAAUUACCGAAGUCCAUUCAACAUUCCUGCAUUUAAAACAUGCGCACCACAUACGACAUAAUAAAUAUGUAUUCGAAAUAAGUUUUUGACAGUGAUAAAAUAUGUAUCUAUUGAAUACAUUUGCGUCUUCUUAAAGAUUUUAAAAAUAAAGAUUAAUAGGGAGAAAAGAUCGGAAUACAAUUUUUAUAUAAAAUUUACUUUUAUCAAAUGAAAUAUUUCAUGUAAAAAUAAAGAUAAUAUAAAACUUAAAUCUGAAAUUCUGUGAUCUCAAUAUUCUGUAUGUUCAGAUAAGUUCUUUGCCAUAACGAUAUCUCUGCAUAUAUACUCGCAUAAAUAUAUUAUCGAGAACUGAUAAAACUAUACUGUGCAUAUUUAUAUAAUUAAUUGAAAUUGUUCAAUUACAACAUAAUUGUAAAAUGCGUUUAGUAAUUUGUGAUACAGUGGAUUAUGUGGCAGAAUGGUCUGCUAAGUAUGUUUUAAAAAGAAUUAAUGAUUUUCAACCAAAUGAAAACAAAUAUUUUGUUCUUGGUCUUCCAACGGGUGGUACUCCUUUAGGGAUGUACAGAAAACUUAUAGAAUACUAUAAAGCAGGAAAAAUUUCCUUCAAGUAUGUAAAAACCUUUAAUAUGGAUGAAUAUGUUGAUUUGCCCAGGGACCAUCCAGAAUCUUAUCAUUACUAUAUGUAUAAUAAUUUCUUUAAACAUAUAGAUAUAGAUCCACAAAAUGUACACAUUCUUGAUGGUAAUGCACCUGAUCUUAUAAAGGAAUGUGAUGAUUUUGAAAUUAAGAUUAAAGAAGCUGGUGGUAUUGAAUUGUUUAUUGGUGGUAUUGGCCCAGAUGGUCAUAUAGCUUUCAACGAACCAGGUUCAUCUUUAGCAUCACGUACAAGAGUAAAAACUUUGGCACAAGAUACGUUAGAAGCUAACGCGAGAUUCUUUGGAAAUGAUAUUUCUAAAGUUCCUAAUCAAGCAUUGACUGUUGGUGUUGGCACAGUGAUGGAUGCCAAAGAAGUAAUGAUUCUUAUCACAGGAUCUCAUAAAGCAUUUGCUCUUUACAAAGCGAUAGAAGAAGGAAUUAAUCAUAUGUGGACUGUAUCAGCUUUUCAACAACAUCCCCGUACAAUAAUUAUUUGUGAUGAGGAUGCAACUCUAGAAUUACGUGUGAAGACAGUCAAAUAUUUCAAGGCUCUCAGUGCUACACAUCAAAAAUUGAUUGAAGAAGAUGGAGAUGCAAUCCUUCGUCGUUCAAUACAAAACAGUUAAAAUGAAUUUAUGGAAUAUUCACAGCAAACUAAUUGAUGAAAAUGAAAAAAUAUCGAUUGAAAAUAAUAUAAGAUAUUGUUAUACAUAUAUGAAAAUGUAUAAAGUCUCGCAUAAAAAGAAUUUUGAUGGAUGUGACGAACUUUAUAUGGUGUACGUGUACAUUAUACGAAACAAUUGAUAUGAAAACUUUAUAUGAUAUAUACACAUUUGUUUCAAUAAAGCACGAGUUAUAGUAUUGUUAUUGUUUCAUAUUUUUGUAUCAGUAUAUUUUUUCAUAAAUAAACUUAUGCUUUUUGUCACAAAA